AUGACUCACGAGAGCGUUUGGUACAGCCGCCCCCGCAAGUACGGCAAGGGCUCCCGCGAAUGCCGUGUCUGCUCCCACCGCGCCGGUCUCAUCCGCAAGUACGGUGUAUGGAAACCUUCCCUGGCAUUCACUUUGAAUAUGAACAUCUGCCGUCAGUGCUUCCGUGAGAAGUCCACAGACAUCGGUUUCAACAAGUACCGCUAA